CUGAGGACCAUUGUCCGUCCCGGUCCCGGAGGGUGACAACACGGGACCUGUUUCAGGACAGGACUGAACGCAACUAACAAAGUACCGGGCUCCCGAGAACAUUUCCUCCGAGAACAGGGAAAACUGGAUAUUUAAAGGGCAAAGAAACCGUCUAAUAUGUGUUUUUAAAGGACAGGUCCCGAUCUGAAACAUUCAUAUUCGACUGUUUAUUUCUUGCAGCUGCUGCUGAAGGAAUCGGUCAAGUGUGCUGAACUUUGGACUUUGCAACUUUGCUGCUCUGGUUAAAUUCAGCUGCACUAUUUUGGGCAUUAUAAUCACGAGACGCGGUUAUUAGCUCACCGGAUCUGGACAUGUUCGCAGUAAAAUGAAUGCCAAGCUUUCCUGUGGUAAACACAAUUUCCCGAUAGUGGUCAUUGCUGGCUCUUUUUUUUGAAGUGCACGUUGGAGGUUACUAAUUAAGGAGCGAUUUUGAUUUAAAUUAAAUGAGGCGUGCGCUCUCGUGGGCAACUCCCGCUUCUGAUAAGAGCUCAGUCCGCGAAGGAAGGUGACACUCGCUGCCAGCGGAGUAAAAAAAAAACUUGGAGGAGUGAAGCUGUGUGCACUCACUGGAACAUUUUGCUUACUUUUAUGUAGAAAUUUUAACUGUAUCAGGGAUGGAGCUCUUCUGCAGUUCGCAGAUGCGCUCUUGAAGAUUGCUGCAGACUGUAGGGACUAGUUUACUAAGUUUGGGUUCUUUUUACGGCACAAACCAGCGAGUACAACACGACUGAGAGAUCUUAUUUAACCAUUUGGAUCGAACUACAACGAAGGAGCUCCCUUUCGAGCCCGCACCAUGGCCACUAGCUCGCGGGACAGCUGCUUCUGGUUGCUCUGGAGACGCACCCUCCUCGCGCUUUGGCUGUGUGCUGUAGGAGCGCGUGCAGCGGAAGAGAGCGCGUUUAACACAGAGGCAUGGCUGAGGAUGUACGGUUACCUGCCCCAGGCUAGCAGACAGAUGUCGACCAUGCGAUCAGCUCAGAUCCUGUCCAAUGCUAUCAGCGACAUGCAGCGAUUCUACGGUUUGGAGGUCACUGGACAGAUCGACGCUCAAACUCUAAGUGCUAUGAAGAGACCCCGCUGCGGUGUGCCUGACAAGUUUGGAGGCCAGAUCAAAACCAACGUUCGGCGGAAACGUUAUGCCCUCACUGGACAUAAAUGGAACAAAAAGCACCUCACUUACAGUAUUCAGAACUACACUCCAAAAAUUGGAGAGUAUAACUCGUUUGAGGCCAUCAGGCUGGCCUUCAAAGUCUGGGAGAGGGUCACCCCACUGAGCUUUGACGAAAUCCCCUACCAGGACAUCAAAUAUGGACGCCGUAAGGAGCCCGACAUCAUGAUCUUCUUCGCUUCAGGUUUUCAUGGAGACAGCUCUCCUUUUGAUGGGGAGGGGGGCUUUCUGGCUCAUGCCUACUUCCCUGGACCUGGAAUGGGUGGAGACACGCAUUUUGACUCUGAUGAACCAUGGACCAUAGGGAACCAUAAUGUACAAGGUAAUGACCUCUUCCUGGUAGCAGUCCACGAGCUGGGACACGCCCUGGGCUUAGAGCAUUCCAACAAUCCUCUAGCCAUCAUGGCUCCCUUCUACCAGUGGAUGGAAACGGAGAACUUCCAGUUGCCAGAGGAUGACCGGCGGGGGAUACAACAGAUCUAUGGUCCUCCUGACAGCAGUCCCACCCAGGCCUUGCCUACAGUGGCACCACGUCGCCCAGAGCCCAGACCACCUCAAACACCUCCUCGGCAACCUGAUAGGCCCAGGACGACCGAAAGGCCAGAUCAUUAUGGACCCAAUAUCUGUGAGGGGAACUUUGACACUGUUGCUAUGCUCCGAGGAGAGAUGUUUGUCUUCAAGGGCCGCUGGUUCUGGCGUGUGCGUAGGAACAGGGUUCUGGAUAACUACCCCAUGCCAAUCGGUCACUUUUGGAGGGGUCUCCCUGGCGACAUUGAUGCUGCAUAUGAGAGACAUGAUGGCAGGUUCGUCUUCUUUAAAGGAAACAGAUUCUGGCUUUUCAGAGAGGCUAACCUGGAACCAGGCUACCCACUUGAGCUAGUCGAUUAUGGUAUAGAUAUUCCCUACGACCGAAUAGAUACAGCCAUCUGGUGGGAGCCAUCCGGCUACACUUACUUCUUUCAAGGAGACAGGUACUGGCGCUUCAACGAGCAGUCUCGCUCAGCUGACAGAGGCUACCCGAAGUCAAUCAGUGUCUGGGGAACGUCAGUGCCCUCUAAUCCCAAGGGGGCCUUCCUCAGCGAUGAUGGAGCAUACACCUACUUCUAUAAGGGUUCCAAGUACUGGAAGUUUGACAACCACCGUAUGAAAAGCGAACCGGGCUAUCCAAAAUCCAUCCUGAGAGAUUUUAUGGGCUGCAGCGUGGACCUGGAUCCCGACAGAGACACGGACACAGACUCGGGCCGCAAAUACCCAGACGUAAGCCGCCCGCCAUUUAACCCCGACGCAGGACGUGACGGCGACAAGGGCAAAGACCGGGACGGAACAGAUCGCGGGGGAACGGACAAAGACAAAGGCUCAGACGGUGACAAAGAUCAAGAGUCUCGCGAGGGACGUGAGGAGGAGACCAAUGAGGUGGAUGUGGUACUGAAGGUGGACGACAGCCAGGAGCGGACCAUGAGCAUCCUGAUGGUAACCAUCCCACUGGUCCUGGUGCUGUGCAUCCUGGGACUGAUCUAUGCCAUCAUCAACACGUUGCAGAGCAAAGGGGCACCACGCCUGCUGGUGCACUGCAAACGCUCACUUCAGGACUGGGUCUGACCCCUGAUGUUAGGUCUUUGAACGCUGAACUUGAUUUAAACCUUAGAUGCCCCCUCUUCCUCUAAUCUAGCCCCCUUCCCAGUGAUCCAUCUGUCUCCAGUCUCUGUGCUCAGUGGCUCCUGCAGCUCUGUGGUAGUAGAUCCAUGCAAAUACUGUAAUGAUACAUAGGCACACACAAACUAGACGCGAGCGUAACUUAUGUCUUACAUUCACACACACACACACACACACACACACACACACACACACACACACACACACACUUACAUAGACACACACCUCUCUAACCUCCUCCUGUCUCCCAUGGUGCUCUACAAUGCAGUGACUGUAGUCUAUUUAUAUGAGAGAAGUUUGCACAUAGUUUUGUUCUUUUUGUUUUGGUUCAUUUUAUGUGACUUUUUUGUUGUUGUUGUUAUUAUUACUUCUAAACCAGGAAGGCCGGUCUAUUCUCUCUCACAUCUCUGCUCCGCCCUCCUCCUUCCCCUAAUCUCCGUAGGGGCUUUUUCCUCGCUGAUAACCUGACAUCAGGUUAUGCUAUCUCAGUUGCCACAAAAGGAAGAAAUUCAAAGCAUUAAAAAGAUUUGUAGACAGACCACAGUGCUUCAAGUGGGGUCCAGAAGGGUUCUUUCCUUCCUCUCAUCAGCUCCGUGUUUCUUGUCUUUCCUUUUCUCUGCAGGAGAAUCUGUGAAGAGGUGUUUUGGGACCUGCUACGAGCUCAGAUAUUAUUCUCUUUGACUCUUGUUGAUGGUGAUUAGGGUGUGAUUGUAAGUCUGAAGGUUAAUUCAGAGUUCAGUUUGUUAGUCAGAGGAGGGCAGGUUUGUUUUUAAAUCAUUAAAUCUUAUUGUUGCAGUCUCUCCUAUUUAUGUUAAUAAUAACUCUGUAUUCACUGUGAGAUCUGAGAAGGUUACAUGUAUAUCAGUCAAACAGGGCUUAAACAAACAAGAUAAUAAAGCCAGAGCUGUGCAGCUAUUACAUACUUUUAAUUUCUUGUAACCUUCUGGUGAACAUAUUAUUUAUUUAGACAAUGCAAAGUAGUGAAAAAAGACAUUUUGCUAGGUAUAUGAUACAGUAGCCUAAGACUGACAAUUGGCUAUUUAACUUCAUUGACAAACAAAUCGAUGCACUCUGCAGACACACAGUGUUACUCUGUCUAUGUCUAUAUCCACUUUUGUCUCCGGAAAAGAUUUAGUUUUCCAGUCCGGCAGCUAUAAAAGCUUUUAAGCUUUUCAACCGCACUCGUGUUUUUUAUGCCAGUAGACAGAAUUAACUAGCAACACAUUCACAUAAUUCUAUAAUCAACAGAGAGAGCAGUCAAUUGGUUUUCUGUCCAUAAAUUAAGAUUGCCUUAAGAUAAACAGAAUAUUAACUUCCACAGUGUUUUAUGUAUAAAUAGUGGAACAGUUACUGUCACGUUCUCUGUGAUUGUCUCACUGAGGUUUCAGGCCAUCAUGUAGUCAUUUUGAUAUCAGCCCGUAUACUUUUAUGAUUACAUUACAAUAUACAACAUAACAGAUAGAAACACUGGCACUGCAAAUAAAUUAAUCUUUUAAGGUCAGAUGACUAAUGCCUUCCAUAUCUUGUGUUCACACUGAUGGACAGUAGGUCUGCCUUCUUUCUUUCCCUUAUUUGGAAGCUUGUUAAAGACCUCUCUGGCUGAAAGGAUAAAUAGACUAUAAAGGGGACCUCUUCCUUUAGUUCUCAACUGUGGGGCUAAUUCUCAGAGAUCCUCUUUUAUGUCAAAAAUAAGACCUGUCCUUUGUGCCGUGAAGGAGACGGACUAAUAGUUAAUGAACAAAGUCAGCUCACUGUGAAAUAACACAGGAGGGAGAGCAUCUGGGUGUGCGAGAGACAUAAAAUGAGGGGGAAACAAAGCUAAGGCUGUUACAGAGCAUUCACGGAGUGCAGCUCGUCUACCAUGCAGUACAUAAUGCAUCUUUUACUGCUAGUAUUUUUUAAAGAAACUUCUGGGAUGAUAUGCAGUCUUACUGUAAGCACCAGGGUGGGCUCAGGCCAUGAGGGCUUAUGUGAACACAGACUAAUCCUCCUCAUCAAAUAACAGCAGGUGUGCACAAAUGCCGUUAACCUCUAAACUAAACUUUGACCUUACUGAGUCAAAACAGUCGGCUUUCGUUUCAUCUCUCAAGAAGGCAUGCACAGAAAAUUGCCUCUUUAUUACACAGAGUUCUCAGUCUUUGUCAGUGCAUUCAGACACACAUUGGAAAUUGGUGUAAAACGGUGACUACGCUGAUAAAUAGUCAUGAAAGGCUAAAACCAGGUGUGGUGACCUUUUAAAGUCAACAUUUUUCUUAAUGGCAGCAAUUUAUCUCAUCAUGAUGAGUUUAUGCCUGAAGAUAAGGCAUAAAAUGAGUGUGUGAGUGAAAGUGUUUAGAGGUUUGAUUUCAGACAUAAAUUGGAGGAAGGUUUAUCUGAGGUAGCAUUUAGAACUAAGCUGCCACUCUGACCUGGGGGGUGGGGGGUUGGCUCAGCUCACCCAGCUCAGGUUACACAAAUGGGGAGGGUAUCGAGAGUCUGAAUUUCUUGCAGCUGAGAAAAGGAAAGGGGGAAGGAGGACUGAGGGAACACGCCUGACCUCGGCUCCCUGAGCUUGCAAAGUUUAGAUCUCAGGAAUAAGGAAGGGUGGGAAGAAGGAGGAGACAAAGAGAAGAGGGAGAGAGAGUUGGCAACAGCCCAUGUGACCCAGAUUCCCUUGCAAGUUCAGCAACAGUGCUGGCCAAAGAGGAAACUUUCGCUUACAGUAGGUGACAGGCCUCGUUUAAGAAAGCUUGCCAAAGUGUUUUGCUUGUAGGUUUGUAUACGCACAUGCAUGCUUUAGAGCCUCCUUAUUGGCAGCAUUCAUACUUAUUUUCCAUGGAUCCAGUGCUCAUGUCAGUGCAGGUGCAAAGCCAUUUCUGCCUUGGUGCCUUUUAAUAAAGCCCACAUUUCCACAGGUGAAGAAUCAAAUAUUAUAAAAGAUUUGGAAUAGUAGUUGGGGUCAUUUCUGUGUUGCGGAUAUUAUGGCAGACAGUCAUGGGUGAAUUUUUCUGUAGAACCUUGUCAUAUCCAAAACAAUGUUUGGUGCCAGCUUUUUGCAGUUCUUGUCAUUUUUUGGUUGAAAUACAUAAAACUUCUAAACUGGGCGCCAGCACUCUGUCCAUGGAUACAAGUGUAAGUGCAUUGGCCUAACCUGAUACUGCUGUUCUGCUAGGCCUCCCACUAAGAGAAGAUAGGGCAAAGUGAGACACCUAAGUAGUCAGACCUGAAGUUAACAGGAUACCCAUACUGAAAGGAGGAAAAGGAAGAGCAAACUCAGCCGUCACCAGAAGUCUGGAGAUUGAUCUGAGGCAGGUCGAUAGCAGUUGCCAGGAAACGGUGUCCCGUGUCCAUCCCUCAUCUCCUCAUCAUGAAGCUUUUGUGGGGAAGGAGGGGUUGGCGGACGCAGCUAAUCAGCUUUAAAAGCACUCCCUCCCCCUCUCCUCUACUGUCCUGCUCUUCCAUUUGGUCCUUCAGGCACAUCAAUGAGCGUUCAGACAGCCCAGCGUCUGGACAGGCUCAGAAAGUGCCUACUCAUUGCGCUAGACACCCAGUUGUUUAUGGAGUUCUUCUUUAUUAAGCCUCCUAUUCUCCUCUAUAACCUCCAAACAGAGAGCCCACAGGGAGUUAACCACUUCAAAGCUAAAGUAACCACUUCAAAAGUCUGAAAGAGAGGUCCAGUGCACCUGAGUUUGCCUCACGCAGAAACACAGUUUUGGUGAUUCAGCAGUUUGAGCGAUUGUGAGGGGACACUGGCGGGUUUAAUACAGUUUAUUUGUCUCAGGACACCAAGCAGAAGAGAAGUAUUGAAAGGUUAGGAAAGAGAUCUGUCAGGGCUGAUUGAUGCCUGUUUGUGUGCAUGUAGAGGUGUUGAGUUAAUCAGCCCUCCUCUCUAUAAGCUAGGCCUGUGUUCUGACUGUAAAUCUCCCACACUCCACGUCUCUCCACGCUCGGCCCAGCCCUCAAAGCCCGAGGGGAUCAUAAUAAAAACAAUGGCCUUCUCUCUCACUCUCUUUGUCCUCCCCCUAUUUUCUGUCUCUCUAAUACAUACACACUAACACAUUAUUGCUGGUAGAUCCACCUCCUUGUUCAGCAACUUUUAACACGAUUUGCUUUGAUUUUUGUUGAUGUCACAUUCAGAUUCAAAGCUUGCAAAAGCUGAAGUUCAUUUUGAAGUGCAUACCCUUAAUGCAAAUUUUAGGUAAGGUUAGGAUAUGCUGAUCUCAGUCUGAGCUUUCAUCUCUCUCAGGAUGUGUUUCUGUAAAGACUGCACGUUAAGCAUUUCUCAUUCAACCCUGAUGUUUUGUUCUUUUUAAUGAACAUCUGUUAAAAUUUCCACAAUCGGUCUGAAGCCAGGUUGUAUUGUAGCCAUGUCUUCUCUCUCCACACAGUGUGCUUUUUAGCUUGCAGCUUCCCACUGUCACAGUGUAUCUCUGCACUGCCUAAUCACUGCAAGCUUCAAAAAGUCGUUGCAUCAGCCCUGUGCAAAACCCAAACUCUAGGAGGAAAAACAGAUUAAUAAAUAACAAACUAAAAAAGAUUAAAACAAAAUCUGUUGGACUUGACAGACUGUUUUCCUGUUUCAGUUUGUCUUGGGUUAACUUUGUGGCUUACAGUGACCCCAGCCAAGGGGAUUGUGGGUUGUCCAGAUGCUUCUCUCUUUUCCCAGAGUGCAUCUCAGCUUGCUCUCUGAGCCCAUCCACUCUGAAACCACUCAUCUGAAAUCACCACUCGGCAAACCCGACCGUUCAGCUCGGGAAUGAAACAAAAACAGCUCCUGACAAAUGACUUUCAGCAUCCGUCUGCAGCGGAUCAGCUCUCGUCGUGCUUCAAACAGACACUGAAACUGUUGAGUAACUUAGGAAAACUGUUUCC